AGAGGAGGCGGGUGGAGCAUCAGGAGCUCAGUGGAGGAUUAACAGGCUCCUGCUGAGGAGGAGAAGACAACAUCUGGCUGAAGGAGGAGGAUGUUCAGCUCACUCUCAAACAGUGUGGGUUCGUCUGGCACGGAUGAUUUCUUCGAGGAGGACUCGUACUCGCCCUCGUCCCUGUCCUCGUCCUCCUCUGUCCCCGCCGUGGCCGCGCACCAGGGCCGGACCGUGUGCACCUCCUGCGGCCUGGAGAUCCUGGACCGGUACCUGCUGAAGGUGAACGACCUCUGCUGGCAUGUUCGCUGCCUGUCCUGCAGCGUCUGUAACACGUCUCUGGGACGUCACGUGAGCUGUUACAUCAAAGAUAAACAGGUUUUCUGUAAACUGGACUAUUUCAGGAGGUAUGGGACUCGCUGUGCUCGUUGUGGCCGUAACAUCCACUCCAGUGACUGGGUCCGUCAUGCACGAGGCAGCACCUUCCACUUGGCCUGUUUCUCCUGCACCUCCUGCAAACGCCAGCUCUCCACUGGGGAGGAGUGUGGACUUCUGGAGAACAGGGUCUUCUGCAGAGCUCACUACGAAAUCAUGAUGGAGAACAUCAAACGGGCCAAGGAAAACGAACAACUCAAAGCUGAAGAGGAGGUGUCAAAUAAAGACGGAGCCAGCUCGAUGCCCAGACCUGCUAAGAGGGCCAGGACCAGCUUCACCGUGGACCAGUUACAGGUAAUGCAGAACCAGUUUGCCAAAGAUAACAACCCCGAUGCACAGACUCUACAGAAGCUGGCGGAGAGGACGGGUCUGAGCCGCAGGGUGAUCCAGGUUUGGUUUCAGAACUGCAGAGCUCGUCAGAAGAAACACAUCAGUCCACAUCCGACAGCCUCGACCAUGAUGACAUCACUGACUGCAGGUCAGAUAACGCCGCCGCUGAUGGACGAUCUGCAAUACACGACGUACAUCACUCCUGAUGCUCCUCUCCUCACCACACUGACCUACAUGGAUGCGGUUCAGACUUCAGACCCACUCCUCCUUCAGCCGCUCAUAUCCCAUUCACUGACACAGCUGCCCGUCAGCCACGCAUGAGCUGCAAAAACCAACAAUAACUGGCUGGAACCUUGAACAGAAACUAUCUACUGUUUCCAGAAACUCCUGUAAGGACUGGAUGAAUGUGUAACAUCCAAAACGCAGCCUUGAUUUUUAGUUUUCACAUGAAAAUCAACUUUAGUCAAUGAGUUAUUUUAUGCAGAAGUUCACAUGUGGGAUUUGUUGAAAAUAUCAAGGAAGAUAUUAAUAUGUGAGAUGCAGGUUUUGUUUAUGUGUUCAUGGAUUUCUUUAAUUUAUUUUGGAAAAUGCAAUGAAAUGAGGCACUUUGUUGGAAAAUGAUAUAAACUAAGUGAGUUUGAUUUUCAGUCGCUUAUUUAAGGACGUGUAUGAGAAUAUUGAGUAAAAAUGUCAGGUUUUCUGCUAAAUCAACCAGCUGUUAUUGUCAAAGAUACUGAUGUAAUAUGUAAAUGUCUCCAGGUCUGAUAUCCUCAACACAUCUGUGUGUCUAUAUCAAGAUUUCAUGAGAUGCCUUUGAGUUUGUGUGAAGCACAGACAACGGGAAACAGAGUUAAAUGGUGAUAAUAGCACUAGAAGCCAUGUAUGAACUGCACUAUGGGAACAGGUGAUUUUCACAUUGAACUGGGAAUUAAAGUUCAUGGCAACACCACAA